UCCAAUACAUGUCCUAUCUUCUGUAGUUUCAAAAGCAGAUAAGUUUCACAAUUGUUUUCAGUUUGUGCCUUGUGUGCCGUAAAGACAAAAACAGCACAGAAAUAUUGAUUUAUUAGUCACCAUGUUUAUUGAAAUGAAUCAAGCUUGAAAAUGGGAGUUGGGAUGUGGUAGGGCAUUAAAGUCACUCCCACUUUUACAAAGAUGGAGAAAGGUUGUUGGCCGGGUUUAUGGGCCAUCCCCACCUUUCCUAUUUUGUAAUAGAAAGUCACUGCUUAAGUGCUUAUAAAACAGUUUAUUACACUGGUGUUGGGUGAUAUGAUUCAACAAUUUGUGUUAGUUAUUUGAACAAAAAUACUUACCCCACUGCAACAUGAAAUUUCGUAGAGAUGAGUUACAUAAAGUACCUUUGGAUUUCAUUAUUUCUUACUGUUUUAUUUAUUGUCUUCCAAAACUUUGAGUUCGAUACCUUGCCGACUGGUACACUCUUGCACGCUUUAACAUUCAAUGAAACGUUAAAUUUAUGGAAGGAUGAUAAACUGUUGGACUUGAAGGGCUUCAACUACAUAAUCAAUAACAGACUAAUAUGUGAAAAUGAUAAAACACAUAUUGUACAGAUUGUCACUUCAUUUGCAGCCAAUGUUGAAACAAGAAGUGCACUAAGAAGAGCGUAUCCACAAGAGGAACUGGAAAAAUUGGGAAUUGUCCGAGUGUUUUUGCUAGGUAAGUUAAAGCAAUACCAGACUGAUGUGUCGCAAAUGGCUCUAAUAAAUGAAAAUGAUAGAUAUGGCGACUUGCUGCAAGGAAAUUUUUAUGAAUCUUAUAGAAAUCUUACGUAUAAACACAUAAUGGGACUGAAAUGGGCUGUGAUGUACUGCACUGCGAAAAAAUACAUAAUUAAAAUGGAUGAUGAUAUUCUGGUGAACAUGUACGAACUAGUUAACAUAAUAAAAGACAAUUUUCAAACUUCGACUGAUCUCAUGGGUUAUUUACUCAAAGGGAUGAGACCUAUUAGGAUAAAAGCGAACAAGUGGUACGUGACUAAAGAAGAAUACUCAGGGGAUCAGUACCCUUCGUUUUUAUCGGGUUGGUUGUAUGUUACAACUCCACAGUCGGCGAUGGGUUUGGUAUUCAUGGCCCAUCAAAUUCCUUAUUUUUGGAUCGAUGACUUAUUCAUUACUGGGAUUAUAGCGAAUGAGCUUGAAAACAAGUUUGUCGACAUUAGUAAAUACUUCACAACACAUCCGGAGCUGAUUGAGUGUUGUAUACGACAUGGUGUUAAGUGUGAAUUUGUCGUUGCGCCCACAGGUGGAGACAACAUGUUACAAGUCAGAUUUCAAGAACAUUCUAAAAAAUGCUACUACACAGACUGUCAGGAACUUCCUGAGGAGAAAAGGAUAGAAAAAACGUGUGUCGCUAAAAGGAAGUAUGGAAUGCCUUUGCAAAAGGGUAUUCCGUUUUACACAAAAGUACAAAUUUAAA